UGUCUCUGGGCGGCCAGUGGAGUCUAGCAAAAUGCACAGGCAGAACCAAUGCCAAUGAUCUCCCCUGGCUGAAUCUCAAACCGAUUUUCUUUCUGGUGGGGGAGAGCGAUAGGAAAAAGAAGACUGAAGAUGUUUCAUUGAGCUCAAAGUUACAAGACUGUUUGAGUGUGUGGGUGAGUGAAAAGAGAGGGGGAGAGAGCGCGAGAGCAAAGGCACCUAUCGAGAGAGCAGGAGAGAGGCGGCACAGUUACCACAUUAAGCAGCAGACGCGACAUUUGUAGCAAGUGGAAAGAACGGAACCACAGAGAAAGACAACACCGCUUUCUUGUGGAUUACUGUUGGGAAAAUUUACUGCAAGAACUAAAACAAAUACAGUACACCAUCAUAGAAGAACGAAUAAUAAUAAGAUUUCUGGUCACAGAAAAACACACACGAUGCGCAAGGUUUGUGGCGCAGCCAUGCCUACCCGCCGCCUGUAGAGGGACCCGUCGCCCCCCAGCCCCGCCCCUCGGCCCCCCAGCAUGUCCUCCCACCCCCAGUCUGUACCCCAGGUCCGGCGGGCCGUGGACGCCAGACACCUGAGCAACCCCGCUGGCCUGCCUCUGCAGCUGGCCCGGGCGCACACGGAAGUAGGGCUGGCUGACUACCACUCUCACUCACGGGACUACACUUCCCACGUGCCCCAUGCAGCCAUGUCCCAGCCUCACCAUCGCCGUCGACCCUCCCUUCUGUCCGAGUUCCAGCCUGGGAAUGAGAGAGGUCAAGAGCAGCACAUCCGCUACGAGCACAUUUACAUGCAGGACCCCAACAGCCAGUCAGAGGUGGAGUAUGCCGAAAUGAAGCGCCCACGACUGGAGAUGGGGGCGGAGUCUCUGCUGCGUCACUCCGGGCACCGCCAGGCCGCUCAGCUGGGCGGCUCUGAGGACUUGUCCAAGGACCGAGGGAGCGCCAUGGGCAAGCUGGAGCCCAUCUCCCCCGUCAGCCCGGCCCAGAUGGACCCGGACCUGGACCUGGUGCCGGCCCGCUUCUCCAAGGAGGAGCUGAUCCAGAACAUGGACCGCGUGGACCGGGAGAUCACCAUGGUGGAGCAGCAGAUCUGCAAACUGCGCAAGAAGCAGCAACAGCUGGAGGAGGAAGCAGCCAAACCCCAGGAGCCGGAGAGGCCCAUCUCCCCCCCGCCCAGCGAGGCCAAGCACCGGAGCCUGGUGCAGAUCAUCUACGACGAGAACAGGAAAAAGGCCGAGGAAGCCCACAGGAUCCUGGAGGGGCUCGGACCCAGAGUGGAGCUGCCUCUCUACAACCAGCCGUCCGACACUAAGCAAUACCAUGAGAACAUCAAAAUAAACCAGGCGAUGAGGAAGAAGCUCAUUCUGUACUUCAAGAGGAGAAACCAUGCGCGCAAACAGUGGGAACAGAAGUUCUGCCAGCGCUAUGACCAGCUGAUGGAGGCCUGGGAGAAGAAGGUGGAGCGCAUCGAGAACAACCCGCGGCGCCGCGCCAAGGAGAGCAAGGUGCGCGAGUACUACGAGAAGCAGUUCCCCGAGAUCCGCAAGCAGAGGGAGCUGCAGGAGCGCAUGCAGAGCAGGGUGGGGCAGCGCGGGGGGAGCCUGGCCUCAUCAGCGGCACGCAGCGAACACGAGGUUUCUGAGAUCAUCGACGGCAUCUCCGAGCAAGAGAACUCCGAGAAGCAGAUGAGGCAGCUGGCCGUCAUCCCGCCCAUGCUGUUCGACGCCGAGCAGCAGCGCAUCAAGUUCAUCAACAUGAACGGGCUGAUGGACGACCCCAUGAAGGUGUACAAGGACCGGCAGGUCAUGAACAUGUGGAGCGAGCAGGAGAAGGACACCUUCCGCGAGAAGUUUAUCCAGCACCCGAAGAACUUUGGCCUGAUCGCAUCCUUCCUGGAGAGAAAGACGGUGGCGGAGUGCGUGCUCUUCUACUACCUGACCAAGAAGAACGAGAACUACAAAAACAUUGUGCGCCGGAACUACCGCCGCCGCGGCCGAAGCCAGCAGCAGCAGCAGCAGCAGCAGCAGCAGCAGGUGAGCCGCAGCAGCCAGGAGGAGAAGGAAGAGAAGGAGAAGGAGAAGGAAGGAGAGCGGGAGGAGGAGAAGGCUGAGACCGACGACAAGGACGACGGGCUGAAGGACGAUACCUCCGGCGAGGACGGGGAGGACAAGGAGCCGACCGUGGCCUUCAAGGGCCGCCGCACGGCCAACAGCCAGGGCCGGAGAAAGGGCCGCAUCACCCGCUCCAUGGCCAACGAGGCGGACGAGACGACCACGCCGCCGCUCAGCAGCGAGCUGGCCAAUCUGGAGAUGAAUGAGAGCUCUCGCUGGACGGAGGAGGAAAUGGAAACCGCCAAAAAAGGCCUCCUUCAGUAUGGUAGGAACUGGUCCUGCAUUGCCAAGAUGGUGGGCUCCAAAUCCGUAUCUCAGUGCAAGAACUUCUACUUCAACUACAAAAAGAGGCAGAAACUGGACGAGAUUUUGCAGCAGCACAAAAUGAAAUCGGAGAAGGAGCGCAAGGCCCGGAGGAAACGCAAGGCCGCCACCAACGAGGAGGCCAGCGCCCCGUCCGCCGCCGAGGAGGAGGAGAUGGAGGUGUCCGGCGCCAGCGGCAACGAGGAAGAGGCCGCCGAGGACGGAGAAGCAGGGCCCAACAACAGCUCGGACACGGAGAGCCUGCCGUCGCCCCGGUCCUCCGAGGAGAGCAAGUCCAAAGAGGAGAGCAAGCCCGGCCAGGGGCCCGGGUCCGAGGGGGCCGCGGGGGACCAGGACGCCGCCCUGGGCGAGGCGGGGUCGGGAGGGGACGAGAAGCCCCCGAACCUCCGGGAGGCGGAGCAGGCCAUCAAGCAGGAGGUGAAGAGCGAGGGGGAGUGCAGCAAGGAGCAGCCUGCGGAAUGCGCCGACAAGAAGCCCCCCGCCGAGGCGGAGGCGGGGAAGGGGUCCGGCAAGGGGUCCAAGAGGGACCACGGGCCCAAGACGGGCUCCAACGGCGACAGCGACUCCAGCGCCACCUGCAGCGCCGACGAGGUGGAGGAGACGGACAGCGCGGAGAAGAUCAGAAUGACCUCACCCAGGCCCAGCCUGCUGAACUACUCCCACGAGGGGGUGAUCUCCUCCCCCCUGCAGAAACCCAUGGACCUCAAGCAGCUCAAGCAGAGGGCUGCUGCCAUCCCCCCCAUCAUGCCCGAGGCGUCGGCGCAGGGAGGGGCCCGGGGCGGCGGGAAGCAGCAGGUGUCCCCCCACGCGCUGGCGCUGUACCAGCAGCAGAUCACCAUGGCGCACGAGUCCUCGCAGGAGGGCUCCCCCCACGGCAAGCAGCAGAAAGCGCAGGUGCACCCCCAGCAGCAGCAGCAGCAGCAGCAGCAGCAGCAGGCUGACAGGGAGGCCCACGUCAGCAGCAGCCCCCGCGUCCGGACCCGCAGCCCCGCCUCCACCGCCAGCGACAAGGACGAGAUGGAGGGCAACGAGAGGUGGCUACAGACUCUGCUUCACGGAUUACAUAAGUCCCGGGCCUUCUCUCCGCUCGGGGAGGGGAAGAAGCAGGGCAGGGGCGCCGAGGACCCCAGACCCGCCAACCUGAGCCGCCCGGUGCUGUCGCCCUACCAGCUCUCGCACCGGGACAUGGCCAAGCUGAGCCACGACCAGCACCUGCUGCACUUCAGCCAAGCCCUCCACGCAUUCGGCCGCUGGUCAGCUGACCCUCCGCGUGUCUCCGCAGCCUCCUUCCAGGCCGCCCCGCACGGCGUCCCCCUCGGCCUGCCGCAGGACAGCGGCCGAAUGGCGGCCGUGCGCCCGCUGCACAUCCCCGAGCCGCCCCCCCUCAUCUCCUCCUCCAAGCCGGGCGGCUCCAUCACGCAGGGUACCCCGGUCCAGCUGCACAGCCCGGCCCACGGCUCGGAACAGGGCAAGAUCCCCGCGGGGCCGCUGGGCCUGUCCUGGAUGGAGCCGAAGAAAGCGGGUGAGUCCAAGUGUCUGGAGUGGGUGACACACUCCCAGCCCUGGUUCGCUGGGCCGUUCGCCGUGGUCAAGCAGGAGCAGCUGUCCCCCCGCGGUCAGGCCCCCCAGGCGGAGAACCUGUCCACCCAGGGGACGUCCUACGACGGCUCCGCGGGACGGGUAGGGUCCAUGCCUGCCGUCCAAGGCGGCAGCAUCACUAAGGGUCUCCCGGGAACCAGGGUUCACCAGGACACGCCCAUCUCCUACCGAGGGGGGUCCAUCACUCAGGGCACCCCGGCGGACGUCCUGUACAAGGGCACCAUCACCCGCCUGAUCACGGAGGACAGCCCCAGCCGGGCCGAGCGGGCGCGCGAGGAGGCCCUGUCCAAGGGUCAGCUGGUCUACGAGGGCAUCAGCGGGCACAUCCUCUCUUACGAAAGAACGACACCUCAGAACCCUAAAGAGGAGGGCAGGGGAGUCCCGGGUGAGAUUCUGGGGCUGAAGCGUCCCUAUGAUGUCAUGGAGGGGGGAAUCUCCCGCGGCCUGCCCAUCCGGGACUCGCUGUCCGCUGCAAACUGCGAAGGGCUGAUAGGCAGAGCCAUGCCCCAGGAGCGGCACAGCCCACACCACUUCAAGGAGUCGCACCACAUCCGCGGCUCCAUCUCGCAAGGCAUCCCCCGCCACGUGGACCCCCAGGACGAGUACCUGCGGAGGGAGGUCAAGCAGAUGAAGAGGGAGAGCUCCCCGUCCCGCGGCUCCGGCCCGCCCCCCGACUCCCUGAAGCCCCGCCCCCACGAGGGCAUGGUGCCCACGGUGAAGGAGGGCGGGCGCUCCAUCCACGAGAUCCCGCGCGAGGAGCUGCGCCACGUGCCCGAGGCCAUGCUGACGGGCAAGGCUGGCAAAGAGGGCUCCAUCACCCAGGGUACCCCCCUGAAGCAGGAGUCGGGCGGGUCGGGGAAGCGGCACGACGUGCGCUCCAUCAUCGCCAGCUCGCCGCGCUCCUACCACGGCGGGCCCCCGCACCUGGAGGCGCGGGGGCCCGAGCGCGGGCGCUAUGAGGAGGGCCCCAAGGGCCGCCCCAGCGCCGUGGUCAGCGCCGCCAGCUCCAUGGCCCUGGGCCCCGAGCAGGCGGCCAAGGCCCACCACAGCCCGCUGGGCUACGAGGAGCACAAGGGCCUGCUGCGGGGCCCCUACCCCGGCCCCGCCCACCGCGGCUCACCCGUGUCCUCCCGCGAAUCCGGCCAGCGCCAGCACGAAGGUGCCAGUAAGUCCCAGCCCCAGGAGCGCAAGGCCACGCCCACACCUCGGGAGAUGAGCUCCACCAAGUCUCCGCUGCAGGGUGUGGCCGAGCACCACCCCUCGCUGGCCACAUACGCUGGCCUGCUCCAGGGCCUGGGGGCGGACGUGUACCGCGGGCAGAUCCCCCUGGCCUUCGACCCCGCCUCCCUGCCCAGGGGCAUCCCCAUCGACCCAGCCUACUAUCUUCCCCGCCACCUGGCCCCGAACCCGGCCUACGCGCACCCCUACCCGCCCUACCUGAUCCGCGGCUUCCCGGACACGGUGGCCCUGGAGAACCGGCAGACGCUGCUCAACGACUACAUCACCUCCCAGCAGAUGCACCAGUGGCCCGCGGCCGCCAUGGCGGCUCAGCGCACGGACCUGCUGAGGGGCCUGUCGCCGCGGGAACAGCCCCUCACCCUGCCCUACUCAGCGGCCCCCCGCAGGAUCAUCGAUCUGUCUCAGGUGCCACACUUACCUGUCCUGGUCCCUCCCUCCGCAGGGGCGUCCGGCUCCCCCAUGGACCGCAUCACCUACAUCCCCGGAGCCUCCGGUGCCUUCCCCAGCCGGCCCUACACCACCUCCCCCAUCUCUCCAGGCGGACCCUCGCACAUGAGCAAGGCUCAAGGAGGAUCCUCCUCAUCGGAGAGGGAGAGGGACCGGGACCGCGAGAGGGAACGGGAACGCGACCGCGAGAGGGACAGAGACCGGGAGAGGGAGAGAGAGAGAGACCGGGACAGGGAACGGGAGCGGGAGAGGGAGCGAGACCGCGACCGGGAGAGAGAGAGGGAGCGUGAGAGGGAGAGGGACCGGGAGAAGCCCAGCUCUAUGGGACAGGGCACUGUGGAACACGCGCCCAUCUGGAGACCAGGCACAGAGCAGAGCCCUGUUGGGAGCGGCGGCGGCGGCGCCCGUGGCUCCGCCCACUCCUACGGCCACCAGCACUCGCCCGUGUCCCCUCGCACCCAGGACAGCCUGCAGCAGCGGCCCAGCGUGCUGCACAACACCGCCGGCAAGAGCCUGCCGGUCUCCGCCGAGCACGCCAACCCCUCCGUCCUCAGGUCUCUGCCGCCGGGCUCUUCGCGUUACCAGGGCUACGGUGGCCACCUGCCCUACCUCGGCCUGGACUCUGCGGUGCACAAAGAGCUGAGCCGGGGCUCCGAAGGGGGCAAAGCUCACAGCCGGGGAGGCAGCGGCGGCCAGUCCAAACACCCCCAGGACCAGCACGGGUCCUCCUCCUCCUCGUCCAGCAAGUCUGAGCCCAAGCUCGUGAGCCCGCCCCCUGGGAUGGUGUACGGCGGGGCCUACCCCCCGGCCGCCGCCCACCUGGGGCACCACCCGGGCCGGCCCCACCCGCUGCUGCCCCCCCACCAGCACCCCCCCCAGCCGGAGAGCGGGCCCGGCCGCGGCGACGGCGGCGGCACCCCUAGUAGGGAAAAGACUCAUAACAAACUGAUGUCCACACAGGAAGUGGAGCUCCGAGCACUCGCAGCCCAGCAGAAGAUGGCGUCCAUGGAGCCGCAGCACGGCCACUAUCGCCCCCCCUCGGAAGAGAGCCUCUCCCCCACCCACCCCGGCCAGCAGCCCACCAACCCCUACGCCAAGGGCAGCCAGCAGAGGGUGGUGACGCUGGCACAGCACAUCAGCGAGGUGAUCACAAAGGACUACAACCGGGAGCAGACCCAGCAGCCGCCGUACACCUUCCAGACCUCGCCAGUGCUGGACCUGACACGGCCCCCCAGCACCCCCCAGCCUCAGCAGGCCCCUCAGGACCCAGGCCAGGGCUCCCGCUACCCUGAGGGAGGGUCCGGAGAGCGGGUCAGAGACAGGUCUCCCCUUCAGAGUAAGGUGUCUCCGGAGAGCCUCUCUGCAGAUGGCAUUGAACCCGUGUCACCUGCUGGUGGGCUGUCUGAACCUGAGAUGCAAGGAGGCUCUUACUCCAACGAGCAGGGGGACCAGGCGAUGGGCUCCCGCUCCCCGGCCAACAGCUCGCAGCCUCCGGCCUUCUUCAGCAAGCUGACGGAGAGCAACUCGGCCAUCGUCAAGUCCAAGAAGCAGGAGAUGAUCAAGAAGAUGACGGUCAGCGGCAACGAGGCCGAUUUUAAUUCGGGCCAGCCAGGGACAGAGAUAUUCAACAUGCCGGCCUCUACGACAGCAGGGCCGGUCGCGCCUCGGGCCCACCCUCCUCCUGAGACGACGGGUAACACCAUAGGCCUGGAGGCCAUCAUCAGGAAGGCCCUGAUGGGCAAGUAUGACGACCAGGCGGAGGACCGCUCCGCCCCCAACACCGGUAACCCCCUGGCUGCCGGCAUGCCCGCCACUGUGCCCGGAGCAGAGGGGCGCCAGGAGGACUCUUACUCACUGCCAGGUGUGGGCAAGGCCAAGGGCGGGGGCCGCUCCAACGGGCGCAAGGCCAAGUCCCCGGGGCCCGGGCUGUCGGGGGGCGAGAGGCCCUCGUCCGUGUCCUCCGUGCACUCCGACGGGGACUGCCACCGCCGCACGCCCCUCACCAACCGCGCGUGGGACGAGCGGCCGUCCUCCGCAGGCUCCACGCCCUUCCCCUGCAACCCCCUGACGAUGACCAUGCGCUUCCCGGGCGGGAUGGUGUCCUCGGCGCAGUCCCCCGGGCAGGGGCAGGGCCAGGGGCAGGGGCGGGCCUGGGACGAGGAGCCCAAGCCCCUGCUCUGCUCCCAGUAUGAGACCCUGUCCGACAGCGAGUGAGGGGCCCCCAGACCGGACCGGACCUGCUGCUGCCUCACACACACGCCCACACACCCACGGUGACCCCCCGCCCCCCCCCCCAACCCUCCCCACACGGCUCCACAACCGCCAGCAAGCGCGAAGAUGAGCUCUCCACCCCGACGGACCGCCCUGCCCCAAAGGAUGCUGGGAGGGAGGCUCUGAUGGAGCACCGCUGCUGAGUGUGUGUGUGUGUGUGUGCAUGCGUGUCUGUGUGGAUGUACGCGUGUGCACAGUCACUCCAGGACUAUUCGUAGGAUAAAUCACUUUCUUUUUUCUAAAUGUUUUUCUCUUGCUGGCCUUAUCAAUGGAGAAACACACCAACUGGCGUGGCGUUUUGUGUACGGACGUGCUGCGUUUUCCGUCUCGGACUGUCUGUGGAAGGGACUUGGUACGACCCCGUAGUCAGAUGCCAACCUCUUUUUUUUUUUCUUUUCUUUUUUUUUUUUUAAACCAAUAAAAUUCUGCAUUUCCACACACCGCAAGCAGAACCCGCUCGCCCUCUUCAAGGAGGCUAAUUUGACACAGGAACUGCCCCCCCCCCCCCCCCCUCAAAAAAGAGGAAGUGCAACAGUGCCUCCACGCUUGGGCGUGCGUCCUCUCAGCCACGGACUCAGGAACUCGGGCCUUUCAAAGAAAUCAUUUAAAAUGCUAACGGUUUCACCAAACCAGCCACGCCUUCUGAACACCCCGCCCCGCUCGCACGUCGCCACGGGAACCGAGGGGCGGAACCGAGAGGCGGACGCGCUGCAGGACGCUGUCCUCUCCUCACGUUCGCCCCGCCCUCUCGGCCGAGCUCACUGACGCCUUCCCCCCCCCCCCCCCCAUUGAGCGGGGAGAGCAGGAAGUCCGACCGGAGCGAAGCCCCACCCACGCCACCAGCAGCAGUGCCUGUUGUCCGUCUCUCCCGUCAAUCUCCUGCAGGGGGCGGACCGUCGCAUUAGCCCCGCCCAGCCCGAAGCUUGCAGAGACGGACGGAGGGACAGAAAAAACGAAAAGAAAGCAUCUUGUUUCCCAAUGUUGUUUUUUGUUUUGUUUUUUUCUUUUCUCUUUUUCUUUUUAAAGUCAUGCCAGUCCAGUCCUGUGUUUGAAAGUGAGCUGAGACCUUUAAAUGGUGGUGACUUUCGUGUCAGUCGUUGUCUUUGUUUAUUUGCGAUUAGCUAUACUGGGGGGGGUGUUAACUUGGGUGUGUUGUUUCAUUGGUUUACAGGGUAUUCAUGCUGUUCAUUGUUCGUGUUAUCAUACAUUCAGAAAAGUGUUUUUUUUUUUUGUCUUUUGUAAGGCAGGUGGAGAGGCGUAUUGUCUUGAAGCAAAAAAAAAAAAAAAGAGAGAGAGAAACUGGCGAACUACGUCAAUAAGACCGAGGGCUGCUCUUUUUCUCUGGUCGUUGUUUUAUAUUUACGGUGUACAUACGUUUGACUGUAUCGAGACUGUUCUUUGACAUUGAGCACUUAGACGUAGGUCUUCGCAGCGGCAUUUUAGAUGAACCUGCGUUCGGGCAGGUCAGGUGGAAGCGGAUUGCGAAGGAAGCAGAGUCUCCCGCAGGUUUCAUUCAGGCCCGGACUCGCUCUCCGAACCGGUGCUCUUUGUGCACCGCGGGUUUUAAAACAGGCCCCGCUGUGCAGAUGCAGCUGGACUCGCACCCGGGUUCGAGGGAAGUUUGAAUUCUGCUCAGAAAAGGACGCCUCUCUGCCGUGAAACGCCUCUGUGCCGCGAAACGGAGGCCGUCCCCGCGUGUCGUCCUCAGCAGGCGCCGCCGCCGGCCGUAGUCUCGUCCUUAGGCCCUUUCCUUAAAAAGCGUGCCUGCAGAUGUGGGGGUGUGCGUUCGCCCCUCUAAUCCUCGUGUUCAGGUACAGUCACACCCGUGCUGUCAUACCAGGUGUAAAAAAAAAAACAAAAGAAAAAAAAGACUUGUAUCCUAUAUUCUUUUGUACAGUUUUGAAAUAUUCCUAGCGUUAAGUGCCAUUUAUUUUGCAUAUACAGUACUGAAGAUACCAAGUGACUACGCACAAUUUUAUUUUUCUCUUUUUCAUGCCAGGAUUAUAGGUGAGGUGCUGGGGAUUCGGAAGGGUUAGGGAAGCAUCCCUAUUUCCAUUCUACAGAGGAUUACUUUCAAAUUUGUUAAAAUGUGAUUUUUUUUCUGGACCAGUUAUUCCCCGCCCCCCCCAUCCCCCCUCCACCUGAGUCUUGCUUCCUAUUGGUAGUCAGCGUCAGAACCAUUGUGUUCUACACCUAUGUUCUCCCCAAGCCUGUUCAGUUGCGAGUUGACCGUACAGUACUUGUACAAUAAUGGUUGUCAGUAGUAACAGUGGCAAUUUGAACGGUUAUGCUACUGCAUUAGACCAAAUGAAUUAUGUCCCUUUUACUUAGUCCUGAUCCUAAUGUAUAUAAACACUAUUGAGAACAGGGUGGCUGGCUGAGAAUGGAUCAAGCCCACUCUCUGUCUGGGGAGCCAGACACAGUCUCAUAUUUUAGCUGGUCCACAGCUGGGUUAAUACGCCUCCCUGGUGUUAUCAGUGCUGGGAAACGUAAGAUAAUCAACCUUUCUGUGAUUCACUGGUGAAUCGGUAAUACCGUUUAGGAAUACCCUCGUUUGUAUUUGAUGCGAAGGCUGUAUGGCAGUAGUGUCCGCUCUGUUUGUCUUCAGGUGGAGUGUAGGCGAACUCUCCCCGGUCUGUUUGAUGGGCGUCUCUCUCGUCUGCUCUGUGGACAGUAAUGGAAGUUCUAACAGUGCUGCCUGGUCUUUCAGCAAAAGUAAUCUUAAGAGCAGCACACACAAUAGGAAGGAAAAGAUAAUAAUUUUGAACUCUUCCCCCCCUCCACUCAAAAUGGAUCUUGUCUGGCUCUGUUGUGUCUGUUGGGGUGGUGGGGGGUUAAGGGUUGCGGGGGGGAUGGUAGUGAAUGGGAGAAUGGAACACCUUGUACUUUAGAUGGAAAACAGCCGUUAUGAAAAUGGAGUUGAAUCAGUGCCACCCUCUGGACCGGACUAGAACUACACACUCCAUUUGUCCAAAUUGAGAAUCGAAACCAAAUUACAAAUUAUGGUAAUCAUGUACAAGUAGAAUGAUGAGAGCGUUUUAUGAUAAUUAAAGUGAGGGUAUAUAUAAGAAGUUUUGAAAUUUAGUAAAUCAUACAGCACUGUCUACGAACACUGUACUCAAACGCUGUGGAAUUGUCAACGCAACCUCUGAACCUUUUUUUUUUCCUUCAUUUUUUAUUUGUUAAAUCCUGAGCAGGAGCCGUAAAGAGAUGUUUAGCUCUUUAGGACUGACGUAAGAGAAACAAAGGCUAAUUCAUAUCCAGAUUUUAACACUUAAAACGAUAGUUCUAGAAAUGCGUUGUUUUUUUAAAAGUGUCUGGGUUUUUGUGUGCGUGCGUGCGCGUGUGCGUGUUCAUUUUUUUAUUGCCGACAUUCUUGUUCUGUUUUUCUUUUUCGUGGAUCUUGUUUGCUCUUGUGCUGCCUGCUUUUGAUUUUAGCCUAUCGUGCAAUCGAGAGCGACUUUUCACUUUUAAAGUUAAAGAUGUUAGUGUUAUUUCUUUUCAAUUAAAGAAAUGAUUUUAAAAGACACGUAAAGAGAAUAGCCAAUAUUAUGUUCCAGAAACCUACAAGGGGGAGGGCGGGCGGGGUGCUGGUGGUGGGAGGCGGCAUAUAGUUUGAACAACCAUAUUGUGCAUAAUGAUUUUCGUUUUAUUUUUUAUUAUUAUUCUAACCCGGUGUAUUAUAGCAAGGACUGUAUAUAGAACUGAAAAGAUGUAAAUAUUUAUGUGGCUUGCUGCAAGGUCGGUAUUCACAGGAAGACUGUAUUCACUGUUUAACUCUACAUGCCCACCAGCAAGCUUCGUGGAUAGCAGUGUAAAAAAUGAAAAAAAAUGAAAAAAGCACUGCCUUAAUGUUUAAAUAAAAAGCUUAUUGCCAUUGA